AUCAGACGUAAUGCUGAGGCUAUCACACGGACAGAUCUCCAGAGAGACGGUGAGCGCCCAGAGCUGCGAGAGUUUCUAUGAGGAAGCGGAGGCGCCUCGUCACGUCAUUCGGUGCUCGGGCGGUCGGCAGGAAACGGUCUUUCCUCCCGGAUAGUUGCGCUCUUUUCCGCUGGCUCAAUGCGCCUCUCCGUCCAGAACCCGCGGAAGCCAGCCAGAAGGAAAAAUGCCUCCUUCUCCAGCGAACAGAUCCUCUCUCGGGCUCUUAGCGACGGUUUUCGCCGUGUUUCUAACGGCUCUCCAAACGCGCACGGCCGCCGCGCUCCAGAUUCAACAGGCGUUCGCGUCUCCCACCCGCACCAAUAACUUCGUUGUGGACGCGGUGUCGCGUCGCGUUUACCUGGCCGCGGUCAACAGCCUGUACCAGCUGAACGCCACGCUCGCCUGGGAGGUGGAGACGCGCACGGGACCGGUGCUGGACAACCCGCUGUGCCACGCGCCGCAGCUGCCCCAGGCGACGUGCGAGCACCAGAAGACGCUCACCGACAACCACAACAAGCUCCUUGCGCUGGACCGCGAGCAGGGCGUGCUGCUGGCCUGCGGCUCGGUGUACCAGGGCUUCUGCGAGCUGCGCAGCAUGGACAACGUGUCCCGGGUGGCCGUCAAGUUCCCGCAGGACGGGGCCACCGUGUUCCCGAGCAUGCUCAACAUUGUGGCCAACCACGAGAAGGCGAGCACCGUCGGGCUCGUCUUUCGGAGUCACGGCGGCGCGCCGCGGCUGCUGGUGGGAGCCACGUACACGGGCAUGGGGACCGAGUAUUUCCCCAAGAACCACAGCAAAGAGGACCUGCGCUUCGAGAACACGCCCGAGAUCGCCAUCCGCUCGCUCAACACCAAAGACCUCGGUCGGCUCUUCACCUACGACAUCAACCCGUCCGAGGACAACGUGUUCAAGAUCAAGCAAGAAGUCAAGCAGAAGAACAAGCUCAACUUCGUGCACGCCUUCGUUCACAAGAACUACUCGUACAUCGCCAUCAACAACGACGCCAACACGGGUCUGAAGGAGAGCCAGCCCAACAGCAUCCUGGCGCGCAUCUGUCUGGACACGGACGAUCCCCGCAGGUCCGCGGAGAGCCGCAAACUCACCGAGUCCUACAUCCAGAUGGGCAUUCAGUGCGGAUCCAACGGGAAUAUCUACAACCGCCUGCUCUCCAUCUACCCCGUGGACAUCAGCGCGCAGCGCGCGGCGGGCCCGGAGCCCUAUCUGUUCGGGGUGUUCGCGCAGGCGGGCGGUCAGUCGGCCGUGUGCGCCUUCCGCGUGGCGGCUGUGGAGGAGAUGAUCCGCCAGGGCCGCCGCAACUGCUCCAGCGGGCCGAACAGCGACGUGCAGGUGCUGGACAGCGUCAUCCAGGGCUCCGGGGCCGAGUGCGAGCGCAAGGGGGCCAUCAAGGUGAGACUUCAGGAGGAGCAGCUGAACUGUGGGGCCGCUCACCUCCAGCACCCACUGGCCCUGAGGAAGCCCCUGAGGGCCCCACCCAUCUAUGAGGCCCCGGGCCUCAGCUCUAUUGCUGUUGACAACGUCCACAACCGCACCGUCGUGUUCCUGGGGACCAACUGGGGCCGGCUGCGAAAGCUGUCUCUGCUGGCUAACCUGUCCGUGGCUAAUCAGUGGUCACUGAGACUCGCCGCUAACGAACCUGUUCACCACAUCAUGACCUUCGACCCCAGCGACCACAACUACCUGUACCUCAUGACCACACACCACCUCCUGCGGGUUCAGGUCUCUGUGUGUGGUCUCUACAGCUCGUGCAGUGAGUGUGUGAGCGCCGGCGAUGCCCACUGCGGCUGGUGUACGCUGGAGAGAAGAUGUUCGGUCCAGAAGGACUGCUCCAGCGGGACUCUGGGCCGCUCGUGGAUCAGCACAGGGGACGGAGUCCAGCAGUGUCCCUCCAUGACCAUCACACCCUCAGAGAUCAGCCGCUCCGCUCACAUGAGGGACCUGGGGAUCCUGAUCAACGGCAGUGUGCCGGAUCUGCAGGGUUUGCAGUUGGAGUGUGAUUAUGGCGUGGGAAUCACCACAAGCGCCACCGUACAUCUGGACUACAGCACAACCCAGAUCCAGACCUGCCCUUUGCUGCCCCCUCACAUGUAUCCCACAAUCCCCUUCGGCAAAGAUCACGUCACGGUCCCCGUGGCCAUCAGGGUUAAUGGUGUUCCUGUGGUUUCCGGAAGUUUCAUCAUUUAUGAGUGCAAACUAACUGGAGAAAUCCACUACAAAACUGCGUGCACGAGCUGUUUGAGUGCGGCGCAUCUACACCUCAUCAUAAACAUGAUACAGAAUUCCUCGUCCUGUCCCAGGAUGCUGGCCUAUGAUGUUACUCCACUGCCCACUGGAAGCACUCAUGUCUUCUCCCUGGAGCUCAAGAACAUAGAACAUGGCGCUGAGCUGGACUGUGAUUUCGGCGACGGGCAGCUCUACAGAGCGCAGUGGCUGGAUGGGCCGUCGGUGAACUGCAGUGGAGUGACCCUAAAAACUACAAUGUGGAGCAAGAUAUUCAAUCUGAAUCUUCGGAGAAGAGGAACCAGCACAUAUAUAGACAGUCCAAAGACAAUGACAGUGGCGGUCUACAGCUGCAGUGCGGGCGACAGCGACUGCUCUCAGUGUUGGGGCCGUCAGGCGCAGGGUCACAUCUGUGUCUGGUGUGAGAACAGCUGUCAGCAGCAGGAGCAGUGCCACUCCAUCACCACACGCUGCCCGGACCCACACAUACAGAAGGUCGAGCCGCUGUCGGGGCCGCUGACUGGCGGGACGCUGCUCACGGUGCAGGGCAAGAACCUCGGACACAGUGCUGCUCAGAUCAAUGUCUCCAUCGGCCAUGUGCCCUGCAGAAUACUGCCACAACACUACACUGUCUCAGUCAGGUUGGUUUGUGAGACUGGUGCAUCGUGGGAACAGACGAGCGAUCAUGUGACGGUGAGCGUGGCCGGGAACACAGUGGGCGUUUCAAAGGACAUCUUCUCCUUUGUGGAGCCCAGGCUGCUGGAGUUCAGGCCGCGGCAGGGUCCCCUCGCUGGAGGAACCAAACUCACCAUCCACGGCCAGUUCCUGGACGCUGGAUCCACUGUCAACGUCGAGAUCAACCGGACUCAGAACUGCACCGUCUUCAUGCUGUCCAGUGACGUCAUCGAGUGUGUGAUGCCUCCAGCCGAAGCGGCCGCCGCUGAGAACGUGUCGGUGUGUGUGGUGUAUGACAGCCAGCCGUGCCUCAGCGCUUCACCCAGCUUCACAUUCACCUACGAGAAAAACCCUACUAUCAGUCACAUCAGACCCAACAGAAGCUUCCUCAGCGGUGGUCGCAGUAUCGCGGUCACUGGACACGGCUUCAAUCUGGUGCAGUCUGUCAGGAUGGAGGUGUCUGGAGUCGGACAGACGAUCUGCUCCUGUGUGUCGUCUACUCUGAUCGUUUGUCAGUCUCCUGCCGCAAAUCAAUCCCAGCAGGCCACGGCACACUUCUACCUCAACGAGGUGCUGUACAGAGGAGAGGACGCGUCUCCAUCAGGACGAGGGCCGGACGAGGACGAGGAGCCUCACGCUGAUGCCUUUCACUUCGAAUAUGUAGAGGAUCCGCAGUUCUAUACGGCCAACAAAGAGAAACUCAUCAAACAUCAUCCUGGAGAGCCUCUCAUCCUCAUCAUCAAUAAAGGGCCGAGCGAGCUGGACCUGAUGGAUCUGACGCUAAUCACGCUACAGCGUAAGCAUGUGCGUGUGGGUCAUUUCUGUAAGGUGAUAGCGAUGGUUCAGAUGGGUGGAGGCAGUGAGCUGGCCAUCGUCAUCUCCAUCGUGGUGUGCUGUGUGCUGCUGCUGCUGUGCACUGUGGCGCUGGUGGUUUACUGCACUAAGAGCCGCAGGGCAGAGAGGUAUUGGCAGAAGACUCUGUUACAGAUGGAGGAGAUGGAGUCCCAGAUCCGUGAUGAGAUACGCAAAGGUUUCGCGGAGCUGCAGACUGAUAUGACGGAUCUGACUAAAGAGCUAAAUCGCACACAGGGAAUCCCCUUCCUGGAGUACAAGCAGUUCGUCACACGCACCUUCUUCCCCAAGAUGUGCUCUGACUACGAGAGGUGUCUGGUUCAGCCGGUGUAUGAGAACAAUCCUCUCGGCCCGCGAGCUCUGUCUGAAACGCAUCCUCUGCUGCAGGACUGGCAGUCGUCUAAUAGAAUGCGGCCCAACCUUGAGGAGGGGAUCACACUGUUUUCCACUCUUCUCAACAACAAACACUUCCUGGUCACCUUUGUUCACGCUCUCGAGCAGCAGAAAGACUUUGCCGUAAGAGACAGGUGCAGUCUUGCCUCUCUGCUCACGAUUGCCCUCCAUGGUAAACUGGAGUACUACACCAGCAUCAUGAAGGAGUUGCUAGUGGAUUUGAUCGACGCUUCAGCCUCCAAAAACCCCAAACUGAUGCUGCGCCGAACAGAGUCAGUGGUGGAGAAGAUGCUCACCAACUGGAUGUCCAUCUGCAUGUACAGCUACCUUAAGGAGACGGUCGGCGAGCCGUUCUUCCUGCUGCUGUGCGCCAUCAAGCAGCAGAUCAACAAGGGCUCGAUCGACGCCAUCACGGGGAAGGCGCGCUACACGCUCAACGAGGAGUGGCUCCUUCGAGAAAACAUCGAAGCCAAACCGCAGAACAUCAACGUCUCGUUCCAGGGGUUUGGUAUGGACUCGGUGAGCGUGCGUGUGAUGAACACGGACACCAUCUGUCAAGUGAAGGACAAAAUACUAGAGGCCUUUUACAAGAACCUGCCCUUUUCGCAGUGGCCUCGAGAAGAGGAUGUUGAUCUGGAGUGGUUCCCAGAGGGCCGAAGCAGCAGAAUCCUGCAGGAUCUGGACGACACGUCUGUCAUGGAGGACGGCAGAAAAAAACUCAACACCGUCUUCCACUAUCAGAUCCCAGAUGGAGCGUCACUGGCCAUGAGCAUGAAGGACAAGAGAGAGAACACACUGGGCCGAGCGAAAGAUCUGGACACAGAGAAAUAUGUCCAUCUGGUGCUGCCACAUGAUGAGCUGACAGAGAGCAGGAAGUCCCACAGACAGAGUCACAGGAAGAAGGUGUUACCAGAGAUCUACCUGACACGCCUGCUCUCCACUAAGGGAACCCUGCAGAAGUUCCUGGAUGAUCUGUUUCAAGCCAUCCUCAGCAUUCCUCCAGAGAAACCACCGCUAGCUGUCAAAUACUUCUUUGACUUUCUAGAAGAACAGGCGGACAAGCGCGGCAUAACCGACCCAGACACGUUACACAUCUGGAAGACAAACAGUUUGCCUCUGCGCUUCUGGGUCAAUAUCCUGAAGAACCCUCAGUUUGUGUUUGAUAUCGAUAAGACGGAUCACAUGGACGCCUGUCUGUCUGUCAUCGCUCAGGCUUUCAUUGACGCCUGCUCUCUCUCUGACCUGCAGCUGGGCAAAGAUUCUCCCACCAAUAAGCUGCUGUAUGCCAAAGAGAUCCCGGAGUAUAAGAAGAGGGUGCAGUGUUACUACAAACAGAUUCAAGAGAUGGCGCCGCUGAGCGAGCAGGAAAUGAACGCUCACCUGGCCGAGGAGUCGCGGAGAUACAGGAAUGAGUUCAACACUAACCUGGCCGUAAUGGAAGUCUACAAGUAUGCCAAAAGAUAUCGCAAUCAAGUGCUGAGCGCGCUGGACUCGAGCCCGACGGCUCGACGCACUCAGCUGCAGCACAAGUUUGAGCAGGUCAUUGCGCUGGUGGAAGACAACAUCUAUGAAUGCAGCAGUGAGGCCUGAGCCCACAUUCAUUCCCCUGA